AUAUCCUCGCCAACAUCAACCAACUUUAAUGGUAUCCUUUCAGCGCCGGCGCAUUCUACAAGUUUACCAUAUAUGUACAAACAUAUAUUGUAUGGACGGCCGAACGGGAGUGAAAAUAUUGGCAGACGAGUGAGCCAACUGUCAUUUUAAGAAGAAUACACACAGAAGACGGAAUUCGUCCUUAUCGUCUCGCUUCAUAUAAAUUAUAAAAACUUAAUAAAACAGUAUUGACAGUUAAAUAAUAUUAAAGUGAAGAAAAAGUAAAAUGAGUAAACUCGCGUUGUUAACAGUAUGUGGAUGAGGAAGCGGACAAGUAAUUAUUGCACCUGUGAAAUGUUGAAAUGUUGUUGAAAUUAGUUGCAACAAAAGUGCUGCGAUUCACAAGCACAAUGCAGCAGCGAGAAGUCAGGCAGUCAAAUUAAUAGUGGCGUAAAAGAAAGCGAAAAGUGUUGCAACUUUCACGAAGGUGAUGUACCAGCUGGGAAACGUCCGUAAAAUAUUUUAAAAAUACUUUAGAGAAAAUAGAAUAGAAUUUUCUGCAGAAAAUUCACGCAAAUCAGCUGAGUCAGGGGAGUAUAUGUUUUGCCUGUUGUUGUUUGACUCGGUGUGGCGUCAGUGAAAAACCUUGAUGACUAUAAACGAAAAAGUCCUCCCAGUGCGUAUUGGUUGGUAGCGGCGUCGACAAGGCGACUGACUGUAUACAUGCGUGCCAUUGUGUUUGUGAACCUUUGUCUCGGUAUAAAGUUCUGUCUGUGUCAUUUGCACAAGCUGGGGAGGUGAAGAAGUUAAAGUUGCAUUAAAGGCCGGUCAACUGUGAAUGUAUGUGCAACGGAAAGUAUAAAGUGAAAUGCGGGAUAUUACAUAAAGAGAAAAUAUGCAUGCACACAUACACAUACAUGUAGAUGCAGAUCAAAUAGUUGUUUAGAAGCAAAUAGCAAAUUUAAAAAUAAUAAGAAAGCAAGUUUCAAUUAUAACACGAAAUGUGAAAUACCUAGAUCUCGCAAAAAUAUAAUAUACUAUAUUAAUAUUUGAAAUUAAUCUAACGCGAAAACGGCUAUGUUCCCUUUACUGUUAUGAUUUCGGCAAGUGAAAAGUGAAUUCUCUCUCCGCAAUAAAACUUUUGAAAACGUAAAUAGCAAACAUGUCAGCCUCAUCAAAUAUGGAGCAGCCAAGCAACCAUUGUGAAGCGCACUUGAUUGCGGCCACUACUGAGAUUGAGGCGCUCAAACAAGCUCUGCUCGAGAAACAUAGUCAAAUUGUCGCCAUGGAAACGGCAUGCAUACAGGAAACCGAACGCCAAGUUGAAUUGGAAGACAGUGUUAUUGCGUGGCAAGAUAAAUAUGAUCGUUUGUAUGAGUCACAUAAACGUGUGCAAAAGGUGAAUCAAAGUUUGGAGGAUAAACUGCUUAAAUUAGUGGAUCGCAAUAGUGGCGAGCGAGCGCAAUUGACCAGUGAUGUUGCCACAUUGAGCGUACGCUUGGCACAGGCGAAUUUCAAUAUAGCAAAGCUGCAACGGGAAAUCGAACGCUACAAGUCGGACAUAAAUUUAGCAAUACAACUACUCCAGUGCAAACCAGACAGUUUUAUGCCACAAAAAGUCUCAUCGUUACCGAUUGAUAUACAGUCGAAAGUAUCAGCUUACAUGCGUCUGGAGACUAAUUCCCACUCUGAUUCGGAGGGCAGCACUAGCGGCGUGGGCACCGCCACCACAGCUUCCUAUAAAGUGCUUCCAGCAUCGGACUCACCGCCGCCAACAGCGUGCCCCUUUCCACCUACUGCAAUGGUAUACUCAAUGCGGGGGCUUGGUAAGUACGCUAAACGCACUUCAACAGAUUCCAAUAUGAAUCUCAGCAAUAAUAACAGUAGUAAUAACAAUAAUAACAAUGGCAAUAAUGACAACAAUAAUAUCAAGGAGCCACUUCUGAAUAACAACAUAGCAACCACCAAUAAUAAUAACUGUGAAUCCAACACCGAACUCAAUGCUGAUAUUAGUACGAAUAGCAAUAACAACAACAGCAAUGCCAUAACAAAUUCAUCACCUCACAGCAAUGGCAACUCAAACAAUCCAGAUAUGAUUUCACCCGUUAUUAUGGCCAAGUUCCUUGAAGCCGAACUGAAAGCAAGUGAAGUUAAACACUGCGAUACUUGUCAAUGUUCCAAACAGGAUCUCACGGUGCUGGCUGAUGUCUCACGAUCCUACACAGUUGCCACGCAAACUCCGUUCCAACUGCAACUCGGCGGCGGUAACCUCAACGAACCGCUCACACAAUUGUGCCUACGUUGUCAUAGCAAUUUGAACUCACCUUCGCGCACCAACAGUCCCUAUCUAAUGAAAUUGGUUAAAUCCAGUGAUUCUGUGAUUUCGGAAACGAAAAGUUCUGUAUCGGAUCUUAACGAUAUGGACAAGUUGUUUACACCAGCCAAAAAGGACGAUCUGAUGGUGAAUCCCAUAUUGGGACACCAUCGCUUGUGUGAUCGUACGGCUGGAAGUGGCGCUUUGCAACACCAAAAUGCUCUUGCAGCGGCCAAAUUGAGUAGCACCUUACUUUAUCCUACCACACAUUUGGGUACUUAUGGGAAUGAGAAGUAUAUUCUGGAGACGAGUAAUAGUCUGGUAGCUGGUAUGCAAGCGAAAUGUGGCUAUCAAAGACGCUUCCUCGAGGGUGGUGGCACUGCACUGGAGUUACUCAAUAGCGCUAUUAGCAGUAGUGGCAACGCAACAAUACAAAGUAUCGCCAAGAAGGUGUCAGAGCAAGUAACACCAAAAUCGGUAGGCAAUGAUGAGUUGGAUGACGAGGCGAAACCUUUACUCAGUGCAAGUUCACAAUCUAAUUUAUUGGAUUAUGGAAGAUUAAAAACCAGUAUUGGUAUUGAGUUAGCCGAGCCUGCGAUAGAGCAACAAAUAAAAUCACCAGCAAGUGUAUGUAGUGCCUCCGAUCCGAAGCAGAAUCUCAUGAAGUCCACAAUUACUGGCAGCGUGAAUAGUCUGUGGAGCAGAACGAGCAGUUGCGAGGGCGCAAAGAUGUUCGAAACUUUUAAUAGGAAUUUGAUUAAAACUAUCAAGGCUGAAAACCCUAAGCACCGUGGACCUCGUCUCUGCGCUAUGCGUAUACAGCAGAACGGACAGAGCAAUAUAUUGCUUGAUAAUAUAGAGUCUAUGGAAGCAGUUACGCCCAUUAUUUAUAAACGUCGCGAGCGGGUUUUAGACGAAGAGUUAGACGACACUAAGGACAUCAUAACAUCCAACGCAACUAAUAUUUCAAGUACAGAAGUAACUGUAUCGCACCAAAGGGAAGAUGCGGGAUCCGGCUACACAACGGAAGAUGGGAAUGUAAAAUUAGCAGAUGUCGUUAACAUUCAAGUGGAUCCUAUAGAAAAGAAUACUAGCACACAAGCGCAACAAAACGAAGUAGACCAACAAUGUGGAAUAAAUGAAAAUGAAAUGGGGCCUAACAGUUGUGUGGGAAAUAAGCAUAGCCAAUAUGAAACAGGUGGGCGUCUAAGUGGUCGAGUUGAAGGUAGAGACAUGUUCGCUGCUGACGAUGCAACCGGUACAACAGCACAUCUUAUUGACCUAACGGAAGUACCCACUACUGCAACCGAUUUAACCACAGCACAGCUAGUAGACCAACCCAAUAUGAUGUCUGAAGAAAAAUUCAUGGAUAAGCGGAAUUCGCUAACUUCAAAGUUAAAUGUAACUCCGACGAUCAGCGCAUUGGAUGUGGCGCUUACUCAAACUGCGCUGGAAGUAGGAGACGCCAGCACCACUCAACUGCGCAGCGAUCCAGUGGUGAGAGCUGUCAGUAGUGUUCAGCAAGUGCAUAAGCCAAAACAAACAAGCAUCUACCAUUCACUGCAAAAUGAGUGCAGCUCCAAAACUUCACACAAUUCCAAGUCUUGCACACAGUCGAGUUCCAUUAGUGACGCGAUUGACUUCCAAGAAAGUAUCAUAUUGCGACGUCAGCAGCUCAAUCGUGUGGCCGAAUGGGUGCAAAGUAACACACAACAAUUGGAGCAGCAACAACAACAACAGCAGCAGCAGCAACAACAACGGAUACAGCAACAGCAAGCUCUUAACUCUGUGAAUAAUUGCGACUCCUCGGGUGGUACAGAUCGACAAUCAUCAUUUUCAACACUAGAUCCGCUGGACUCAGUCUCAAUGGAGAAGCUGUCAAUGGAUUCGGGUUAUAAGACUACGCCGCAACCGCACACAAAUGGCUUUCAUCAGCCGAUAGAUGAUGCGAAUAAGUCUACCGAAGACUCACUCUCACCUAAAACCGAUACAAAUUCUAGUCUUAACAACAAAAACUACAAAAAUAGCACACUUCUCAAUCACUACCAACCGGACAGCAUCAGUCAACAGGCGUCCACUCAAGUUUAUCCCACAAACACUUAUUUCCGACGUACCACACGCUCCGGCCUGCCGGUUGCUUAUACCACACCUGAUCCGAAUACGUCCAACGCGGAGACGUUCUUAAAUAAUUACAAUAAUGAUAACAACAACAGCGCUUGCAGCACAACACCAACGCUGCCGGAUCAACCGACUUGUGAUAUACUCAACUACAAAUACUAUCCCAGUGAUACGGAUAAGACGCGCUCCAUAAGCGCCGAACUCCAUACAACCACCAAACACGUGGACAUUGCCCAGAUGGAGUACAAUGUAAAGCAAUUCCUGCUCAAGCAGAACGAAUGGUCGAUGCGAGCCAGCACAACUCGUGGCGGUCGAGCCGGCAUGAACACGUCGGUCUCGAACCUGAGCAGCGCCAACUCGCAAGUGACGCUUAGCAGCCAACGCACGCAGACCACAGCGAAGACAUUGCGGCACUUGAAGCUGUUUAGUGGCGUCGGUGUGGGACCAGGUGUGGGUGCGAGAGUGCAACCAACUGCGGUUAAGGAUACGGCGGCGGGGUCAAUGAGCAACCGCGACGAGCGAGAGCUCAAAGCAAAGGUGAUGUCGUCGAAUGGCGUCGAAGGUGCGAAAGCGUCAGCAGCGGUAGUAGCAAACGCCUUGCCACAAAGGACUGAAACGAAUUUAUAAGAAAAUUUAGAGGUUUAACUAUUGUAACUGCAGCUUAAGCUUAUAUAAAAUCAGCACACAUACAUACAUACUACAAACAAACAAACGUACAUACGCAAAUUUACUGUAAUCUAUAUGUAAUUGACUAGUUUUGUAUUUACGGUGUAUCAGUGCGACGGUAAGGCAUAUGAUAAGGCGCGAGAGCUUUCAAAAGUUCACAUAAAUUAAGCUUAAUUAAUACUUAACGUUUAAAGGAAAUACAAAGUAAAUACAGAAAGAAAUUUUCGUUUAAUACUCACAGCUUAAUUGUAGAAUGAUAGUGAAGAAAAUGAUCGCUCUGUACAUACGUGGGUAAACGAGUUAAUUAAUCCUCUUCAGUGUAAACAGCGCUUUGAUUUUUUGUACACGGGACUUUCCAUAUUCAAGUCAUCAUGUCGAUAUUUUAAGAUUAAAUAUUAUUUGUAAUUAACCAAUGAGUUUACCCGAAAACAAUACUAUUUUUCGUUUAAAAACUAAAAAUUGAAAUAAAUUAUAAUUGAGUGGUUACCAAAAUUUAUUAUAAAAUUUAAUUUAUUUCAAAUAAUUAAUUCAAAAUUCUUUCAUGAUAUUUUUACAUUUUUCAAAUAUCAAAAUGUUUUAUCUAUAUCUGAACAAUAUAUUACUACAGAAUGAAAUUAAUUUUUAAAUGGAAAGUCCCAUACACCAUAUACAUAACCAAUUAGUUCCGAUGCGCAUAAAAUACAUACAAGCAAACGAUUAAAUAUUAAUGUGUCUAUAUAUGUACUUGACAGCUUCCAUCUUUUACCUAGCCCUGCCUAAUAAGCCCUGCCCUUCCGUAAGCGUUAGGAAGCGCUGAAAAUAUUAUCAUUCCAUUUAAUCGUUAUGAAUGUAAUCGACUUAAAAUAAAUAUUACAUAUAAUUAUCGCAAUUAAGCUCCAAAAAUAUAUACAAGCAAAUAUAGAUGUAAAUCGUAAAAAGGCAAAUAUUAUAAAUAUAGCUAUGAAAGUAACAGCAACUAAAAUACAGCUAAAUCGUCCAAAGAAAAAUAAGAUAACUUUAAUAUACACAUAUACAUACUUAAUUAAACCAAAAGUCAUCUGCAUUCAUCAAUACUAUAUACAAUCUACAUUAAAGUAACGGCUUUUGCAAAUAGGCAUACAAAUUACCCACUUCAUUAUUAAAAAAGCAAAAACCAAGAACAAGAAUUCAAGACUUUUAGUGACAUUACGAUUUUCGAAAAAAUUAUGCUUAAUACAUAUGGUAUAUAUAUACUGAGCUACUGAGAGUAACGAAUAUCAAAUGUUUUAAGUUCAAAAACUAAAUAGGUCUCAAACACAGUUUAACUUAACUUUAUUUCAUACAACUUCUUGUGGCAAUUUAUUUGAAAAGGCUUAUUUUAUAAAUCAACAAAUAAUAAUAGAGUUUUCCAUACAGGCUAAUGAUAUAAAGGAGUAGGAUGAGACAUUUCUCUUCAGUAAGGUUUGCUAUUUUAUCAUGGAAAGAUAUACAAUCCAACAACGAGUCGAAAUUAUUAAAAUUUACUACUGAAAUUCGGAGUCAGUGGCCUCAACUUUAAGAGCGAUACAUCCAAUUUAUGGUCGUCAUAAUCGUCCUGUCAACUCAACAAUUGAGCGUCUAGUGGAAAAAUGUAAAUCCACAGGCACGGUACAAAAUGUUCCGGUGUCAGUCAGACAAAGAAGUGCCCUUAGUGUCGAGAAUAUUGCUGCCGCUAGCGCAUCAAUUGAGCAAGACCCAAAUCAGUCUCUCAUACGUCGUUGUCAAGCGUUUGGCAUCUCUGUGAAGUCGUUGUGGCGAAUUUGGCGAAAAGAUCUUGACCUACAUCCUUACAAGAUCAAAUUAACACAAGAAAUGAAGCAGCUUUACCACCAGAAUCGUGAAUUGGUCUGACCAAAACUUGAAAAUGAUCCGGAUUUUCAUCGAAAAAUCGUCUACAGCGAUGAGGCUCAUUGAUUGUUGAAUGACUUCGUUAAAAGGCAAAAUAAGAGUUAUUUUUCAGGCAACAAUCCAUAUGUGAUCCAUGAGUCACCAUUGCAUCCCGAAAAAAAUACGGGUUGGUGCGGUUUAUGGUGCGGCUGUACUUCUUCUGUGAUGAUCAAGACCGGCUACCGCUCAAUGAUAAACGAAUAUUUUUGGCCCGAAUUGCAUGAUGUGGACUUGGACAAUAUGUGGUUCCAACAGGACGGCUCCACAAGCCACACAGCGAAUGUCACAAUCGAUUAAUUGAAAACCAAGUUUGGUGAACGUGUUAUCUCACGAAAUGGCCCAGUCAAUUGGCCGCCUUGGUCGUGCGAUUCGACGCCGUUAAACUAUUUCCUGUGGGCUACAUCAAAUCUAUGGUCUAUACCAACAAGCCAGCAACGAUUGAUGAACCAUUGAAAGUUGGGUUCAUCGCCUGGACUUUUUCCAGGGUGCCCGUGGUGGUUAUGCAAAAGAAAUAAUUCGUAUGUAAUGGCAUCGAAUAUAUUUCACAGGGCCUACCGCUCUUAUUGAAAACCCCUUUACGUAUAGUCCUAAUUGACCUCAUUCGUAUCCGAACGAUAAUGAAUUUACUAUAUACUCAUUGGAAUAACCGCCAACGUUCUGAGCUUUGGUUUAAUUAUUUUUUACUAUGAUGUUAGUUCUUCAAAAAAUAUUAGGAUUUUUGAAAAAAUAUUGGGAAUUUUUUGCUGGGUUUGCUGAUAUACGGGCUUUAUCUGAAAUUCAUCAACUGAUUAGAGAGCGCUCAUAACUUAUAGUGUGAAGACACUGUGACUUUCCAAUUUUCUCAUAAAAUUUUAAUAUUAUCAUUUGUAAGAUGAGGUGUAACCUUCGAAAGCUAUAUACAAGUUCAUAUCCACAGUACACAUACAUAUAUUAUAGAAAUGGUGUAAAGCAAUAUCAAGCACAAAAAAAGCAAAAGCAAAGUAAAAAUCGAAAAACAUAUACAGUAGAUAUCGGUUAUAUGACGAACCGCUUGUAUGCAAAUUUUGGUUAUAUGCAAAAUUUUCAUAUUUCAACGCAUUAUAGAACGUUUUAUUAUAUGAAUUUGGUUGUUUGAAUGCAAAUCGUUUAUAAGCAAAUAUCGCAUUUAUGCAAAAAAAUUUCAGCAAAAUUGAAUCGUUACGUACAAAUUUUAAUCUGUUUUAAGCAAAUUUUCCAACACUGAAACACUAAAUUUAUUCUAUCGAUUUAUCGAUUGUCAAACAUAUGAUUUUGUGUUACACUUGUUACAAUGUCGCGUCGUGUUGUGUUAACAGCGAAACAAAAAAUUGCGGUUUUCAACGAUUUAAAGACUUCCAAAGACCGAAAAACCAUUGCUGCUAAAUAUAAAGUUAGCUUAAGCACUAUAUCGCGCAUUCAAAUCCAAGAGAACAAAAUCCGCGCCAUAACAAAUCCCAAUAGGAAACGGGAUAGGAAAGGCGCACACGUGAAUUUGGACAGAACCUUGUUGUCCUGGUUUAACCAAAUCCGGUCCCAAAAUGGAAUUGUUACCGGACCUGUCUUGCUUUCUAAAGCACAGGAAUUUGCGUUAAAAUUAAACGAAAGUUAUGUGCCAGACCGUAGUUGGUUGCAGCGUUGGUGCGGGCGAAAUGCCCUUAACUUCUCCAAGAUUUACGGAGAAGCUGGCGAAAAUAACGCAACAAGUGCAGAAGUUUUCACUACUAACCGUUUGCCUCAUAUUAUUGAAAAAUUUUCGCCGGAUUGUAUAUUUAAUGCCGAUGAAACCGGGCUGUACUACAAGGCGUUGCCAAAUGGAAGUUACAAAGGCAAGUAUGAGAAUCCAAAGGGAUUCAAAACUCAAAAGCAACGCCUCACAUUUCUGUUUCUAUGCAAUGCAACCGGCACGUAUAAACGUGCAUAUUGCAUUGGAAAGUCGGCUAAACCACGGUCUUUUAAAGGAAAACAGCUACCGCUGCCAUAUUAUAAUAAUAGAAGUGCUUGGAUGACGAGUGUUAUUUGGAAAAAGAUUCUAAUAGAUCUCAAUCAAAAUCUUGAAAAAGAUAACAAGCAGAUAUGUUUGAUUGUUGAUAAUGCUCCUUGCCACAAUACAGAUGAGAAAUUCUCAAACAUUACGAUUGAAUUUUUGCCACCAAAUACAACUGCCCUUAUACAGCCACUUGAUCAAGGUAUCAUCCACUCCUUUAAAAUGGAAUAUCGACAAAUACUAAUAAAAAAACAAAUUUGUGCGUUGGAGAAGGGCUUAUCUAUAGUUGAAUUCCUGAAAUCGCUCACUAUUUUGGAUGGUAUCAAUUAUGCAAAUCGCGCUUGGAACCUUGUUAAGCAGCAAACAAUUAGUAAUUGUUUCAAAAAGGUAAAUUUCGUGUUAAAGAUGGUACAAAUUUAAAAUAAAAUUGUUCAUUUCAGGCAGGCAUUGACAACAUUCAAUUCAUUACAGAUGAGAUUGCAGCCACAGAAGGCGAAAACUAUGAAUGGUGCACACUCGAUAAUGAAUACAUUCAAUGCGAUAAUGAACUUGUCUGCUUUGGAACCAUGUCGGACGAGGAUAUUGUUGCGGACGUAUUGGCCGUCAAUCAAAAUUCUACUGAAGAUGAGGAAGUGUUCGCGCAAUCUGAGGCUUGUAUUAAACACCCCUCAACGAAAAAUGCCUUGCUAAGCUUAGAUUCGCUGCGUGACUAUUUUUGUCAUAACAAUAUAGAUCCCUUAGAGGCUUUUGAAGAUAUUGAAAAUUUAAUCCUAGAGAGUUCUGAAAAACAGAAAUGCCAGAAGAAAAUAACAGAUUUUUUAAGUAAAUCUUAACAAUUUUCAAAUUAAAUGAAUUGACUGAAGUGAAAUAUAAUUUUUAUUAAAACUGAAUAAGUUUAUAUAUUCUAUUUCUUGUGUGCUAUUUUUUGUUUACAUCGAAUUGAUUGUGUAUAUGCAUAUAUUUUGCAUAUAAGCGAAUACCGCUUGUUUGCAAUUACCGCCUGUAUGCAAAUUUUUUUUUGCAUUAUAACAAUUGCAUAUAACCGAUAUCUACUGUACAAUCACAUUCAUACAUAUUUAUUGUAGAAGUGUAAGUAUUGGUUUGUAUUGAAUACAAAACCGCAACAAAAUCCGUAUUUGUAAUAGUUCUAGUAUUUGGUAUUAAUGGAAUUUGCAUUUACAUACAUACAUAUGUAUAUUGUCGGUGUGCGAAGGAAUUAAUUAAAAAUUACAAAUUCGUAAAAAUAUCUGUGAAGUGCUUUAAAAAGAAGAAUUAAGCAAACAAAAGUUCGACUAUUCGAGUAUUGUACAUUUUCAUUUUCAUAAUAAAGUAAGUAGGUGUGUGUAUGUUCAAAUGUGUGGAAAUUUAUUGCUGUAAUACAUACUCGUGUUGGAUGCAUUGAAAGCAAAACAAAAAAAAUGUAUUAAGUGAAAUGCAAGUAACUACCUAAACUAAAAUGCUCAAUUAGUAUCUCCUCCAACUUAGUUAGUAGACAGACUGUAUCACACAGAAAUCAAGUUAUGUAUUCGUGUACGUUCAUGCAUAUGUAUGCAAGUAUCGGCAAAGGCUUUUCAGAUGUACCUAUGAAGUAAGCAGUAUCUAAUUAGUCUAAAACUACUAUGUAAAUGUAACGGUAACUCAUAUAAUAAAACCAAAAAAAAAAGAAAACUAAAACAAAAAUAGAGAAAACCGCUAACCUUUAAACAGAUCGCUUGCAUUGCUCGAAAUGUGCGUAUUGAAUCCUUCCUAUUGUAUACCUUGACUUAGUAGAUAUAAACGUUUUUCUUAUAUACAUACAUAUGAAUACACACUCACACAUACACAUACAAGUGAAAUACUUAGCUGACAUAUGCCAAGGCCUGCAUCUACUAUAAAUGGUAGUAGCAUUUGCUCAAGCGAAAAAAUAUAAUAUAACACUUAUUUACUUGCAUUCGCCUCCUAAAUGCGUAUAUGUAUUAUAUGUACGUGUAUAUGGUAUAAAUUAAAAUAACUGCAUAAAUAUAGCAAACGAUAAUUAAUUGGUGUUCAAAUGAAGUAAGGCAAUUAAUUGAUACCUCUCCCAAUGUUUGUCCUUCAAUUUGUUUCAGCACCUAUUUUGUUAUCAACACACUCACAUACAUACCAACAUACGCAUAUUUAUGUAACCAACGUAAAAUUAUAUACAAAUAAAUACAUUUACAAUUAACUAUUGAGAUAUACAUACCAGACUUCAAACGUGGCAUGCACGUGGAAUCAUAUGAAAAGCAACGCAAACAAAUCAUGAAACGGCUUCAUUACUAAAAGUACUCGCAUUAAUGCGCACAUACUUACAUACGUACAUAUGAGAACUCACCUUCAUGCAUAUACUCACACAUACAUUUCUUCAGGUUUUUUGUUCGUACAAUUGAAUAAAUUCAUUCUAUUUCGAAUGAAUAUUUCUAUGGUCUUACAGUUAUAAACUGAACUCUAAUUUGAGUUUAUACCGAGUGUAGUGCUCAGCUGAGUGCACAGGUAAAUUGCGGUGUUGGCAUUGCAUACCUUAAGGCGCGUAUAUUAAAAAUAUUUUGACCAUUUAAUAUUAAAAUUUGAAAAUUUUAAUUUUAAAAUAUCAAAAAGUACUUCCGAUAACAACAUUAUAGUAUAUUGCUGAUAGUUUAAUUUGCUGAAACAAAAUUUCGUUUCUAUUAUCAUAAUAUUUAUAAAUAUUCACUCUCAAAACGGCAUACCAAUUAGAGGUAACUAUGAAAUGGUUAAACACAUCCUUCACAAAUCUGUAUUAUUGAAGCAAUUAAGGAAUAUCUUAAAAUCGCUGUAUACAUUUAUUACAAAUAAUUUGGCAUUUAUACCAUGAAUAUACCAUGCCUCACAUAUGUGCAACAAAUACAAUUUGCUAACUACAAAGUCCCAGUUAAUUUAUACUGGAAUUAAGCAAGUAUAAACUCAAAUCCAUUACUUACAUAGCAGCUUAUGCAUACAUAUAUUUACAUUAUUCAUUAUCUACAUAUAUACAUACAUACAUACAAAAAUACAUGCUGGCAUAUACCAAAUGCAUAUAUAGAUGACACUGUACUAUUGUAAAAUAUACUUAGGAAAAUAUUUUAUAUUUCAACGAUUUAUGAGUUGGCAUUUUUCAAAUGUAACUGAUUUCAUUUUGGUUUGUAUGUUUAUAUUGCAAAUCUGAACUCUACCUGCUCUAAACCACCUUAACAUAUAAGUGAUUGAAUAAAACUAAUAUAUAUGAAAAUAAUUACAAUUUAAUAAAGUAUAAACAUGUAUACAAAAUCCAGAAACUAUUUGUUAUUUGGCAAUUAGGACGAAGUGGGUGAAAAGUUGAAAUUCUUGAGAUGUAGGGAAGCAUGCAACAUACAAAUACACAUUAAAAUGAAAUAUAAAAAUAUUGAUUCAGAUAUUUUUCAGACUCACCGCUUAAUAAUGGCCACUAAUUCUGAUCUAGAUUGGAGACGGUUAAGGAUUUUAGUAUAUGAUGUAAGCCGUUACUGCUGCUGUCAAAGAUUUUACAACACAUAUGUAUGUAUUUAUAAGUAUGCCUUGAACAUUUUAGUACCGACGUAAAGAAAAAAACUCUAGUUCAAAUUACCAUAUUUACUAACAUUUUUACAAUAUAGAAGUUAAACGUCAAUGGAGAUAUCGGGACAAAACUUUGCACAAAUAUUGUAUAUCCAGUGUAGCAUAGCCAGUAUAAAAAUCACCGAAAUCGGAAAUCGAUCCUAAUUAUAUCGAUGAUCCGUUUUUAUUGUUGAAAUUAAUUUGGUACACUUGAUUACAUUUUUUUACCCUAGAACCGAAAACGAAGCUCUUUAACAUUGCAAAGACAAAGUAACAGUCUUCUAAUAUUAUGGAUAUAUCUCCCUAAUCGGUACAUAUUAUACAAAGUUAAGUGGAACGAUGAGAAUCAUUAUAAUAAAAAUACAUAUAAAAUGGAACAACUGGAAAGUUUCCAUUACAUAAUAACCGAUACUCCAACAAAAAAGGGAAACGAAAUUGAGAAAAGGGAAGUUGCUGGUUUUUUUAAGUUUAUUUUAGUUUUUCUUUGUAAGUUUUUUUUAACGAGAAUUCCGUGGAAAACCAGACAGGUGAAGAAAACGGAAAAAUCUAAGCAUACCACGUUAGGGACUAUCUAAUCGCGAAAUUUCCAGGCAUAUUAAGAGAUCUGCAUGUGUCGUAAUCAAUUUUAUUAAAUUGGGUAAUUGCUAUGAAAAAACAAACGAUCAGGAAGGACUCCAUUAAUCGGAGAAACGUGAGAUAAAACGCAUCUCCCUGAUGUUGGAAACGUAAGUUCGAAAUAGGUUAGUGAAGGAAGGAACUUACCAGUAAGCCAAUGGCGUAAAAAUUUUGAGAUUUACAUUUCAUCUAUGAAAAAAAGUUUAGAAACGACAUAAAAUAGCAAACUUCGAUUUGCCGAGAAAUACAGAUUUGAGAAUAAGAAAUUAAAUUUUUUUAGACGAGAAAAAUGUUUAUUUAAGAAACUUUUGAAUAUAAAACUAAAUAGUUAAAAAAGCUAGCAACUUACUUCUUCUCAAUUUUUUUUUUGAAGUUAUGUCAAAACCCUGAUCUAAUGGGGUUAAAUAGACCUCGGAUUCGGAUUCAGCGAUCCCAAAACCAUAAAGCACACAUAGUAAGACCCCCAGGUCAGAACACACUUUUUUUUGUGUGGCAACCACAUAUUUCGCAGGGUGUAUCUAGGCUAUACAGACAACCGGACGGAUGGAGAGAAUCAUAUUCACAUUGUCAUGGACGUUUGUUAGGAUUAAUAUUUUUUGGAUGAAUAUAAUUUCUCUUUGUUCUCACUUUGCCCACUUUUCUUUAUCUAAUGAGUAUGUAGAAGAAUCAAAAAUAAGUAUGUAGAGAACCCGUGGUUUUAUCUAGCUUCUCAACUUUAUCUAAAAUUGUUGUUGUUGUAAUAAUCUGGACGUAAAUGUAAGACAUAUUAAACAAAUUCUAGACACUUAGAAAAACAAUAAGGCACUUAUUAGUAUUCUCAAUCAGAACUUCUAAUAUGUUCUAGUAUUCGGUGCCUUAUAGACCAAGGCCAAAACACAAGUAUCAAGGCUUACCUUUUGUUAAAUUGACCAAUUUUCUACAAAAAUAAUAUUUAAAAUAAUACUAACAUAUAUAUUUUAAAAUAUAUUUAAUUUAUUUUAUUUCAAUAUAUAUUAUGUUUUGUUUCAAUUAAAAUUACAGUCAUGAAUGAAAUAAAUAGAAUUUAAUGAGCUUAUAAUGAUAUCGCGCAUAAAACUAAGUGUUUAAAUUAAGAAGAGAUUUUAUGAAAAAUGUUUUAAAAAUGAUUAAUUUUGAAUCACGCACUUUUAGUGACUGAGUAAAUAAAACUUGGCCACUGCUACACUAGCGAUUAUGGAAUGACAAUGUGGAAACUAUUGACUUUAAGGGCUUAUAGUACCUAAUAAUAAGCGCAAUACUUCAAUUUAGGCCACAUUGUCGACCUUCUCUUCAUUCUUCCGUCCCUGCUGGCUACCGUCGUCUUCGACAAUUAUCAAUUGAUCGGUAUUAUUAUCCUCCAGCGAAUCGAGUCCAACUUCGGCGCUGUUGCGCACUUCAUUAGCGGUCUGAUCAAUCUCGCCAGCUUCCUCUCCUGGCUGUUGGUCUGGCUCUGCCACUGCAUUCGUCAACUCAUCCUUUUUCAGCUCAUCCACUUUGUUGUCGACCUGUCCAGCUUCUGCGGGUAUAAUAGAGCCAGCUGGAGCGGGUACAACAGCCGCCACUGUGCCACUUGUAGCAACGGCUUGUGGUCGAUUGCCGCCUUGCAAAAAGCUGAUAAUACCUUGGAAAGGUCCUUGUUGAGCGGGGUUGGGAGUAGCACCGGCGGCUGCGGCUGCACCAGCUGGUGGGUUGCCCCCUACAAAAUUGUUGAUUAGCGACUGUAUGGGACCAGGAGGACGUGCUGUGGUUGAAUCGGCGGUGCUUAGCUGAACUUGUUGUUGUUGUCCACUCAAGCUCGAUAGUGUAUUUUGAAAUUGAGUACCCAAAUUAUUUGCGAACUGUUGAACGCCCUGGAAAGCUUGUGCGGUGGCAUUUGCAACGCUCUGCGCAGCAUUCUGGACCUGAGUUAUAGCGUUCUGAGGAUUCAGGAAGCCAGGCAGUGUUGGUGCGGGCGUAGCAGGCUGAUCGGCGGCUACUUGUAUUCCUGGCGAGGCCAAUUGCUGUUGCUGUUGUUGGCCAGACAAUUGUCCGAAGAAUUGGCCAAGUGGCGAAUUUUGUAUUAAUUGUUGUACAAAGUUCUGUUGGGUGGUGGUCUGGGUAGGCGUAGCCUGUGUGGCGGCGGCAACAGCUGCUACUUGACGUAACUGCUCGACAGGAACAGACGCAGGCUCAUCAGCGAUGACAGCAACUACGGCAAUCGGUUCAUUGGAAACAAGCUGUUCUACA